AUGUCGUGCCCAGAUUGUUUUGGUGGUCAUGUUCACCAAGGCACCCCGCGUGGUGAAGUCGCCUCUCUCCAUGGCUUACAGGUGUACACAACCAAACCUCCAAACGAUGUACCUUACCGAGGCAUUAUCAUCAUAGUGCCCGACGCGUUCGGCUGGGAGUUUGUGAACAGUCGAAUCCUAGCCGACAACUACGCCGAAAAGGGGAAGUACCUAGUUUACCUUCCUGAAUUCAUGAAAGGACACGCGGCCCCGGUAAAUAUGAUGUCUUCCACAAAGGAGUUGCUGAAGACGAGAGGGCUCGCAACCUGGCUUAUGAAGCCAUACUAUCUAGUCUCAACGAUGACCAAAGUUCUGCCCUUCAAGUACUAUAAUACGUUCGAGGCAUCAUGGCCUCUCGUCAGGGAUUUCUUCAAGUCUGUACGCGAGAACGAAGGUGCCGAGCUUCCCAUCUACGGUGCUGGUUUCUGCUGGGGCGGAAAGCAUAUCGUCAAUCUAGCUGCCGGGGUGGACACUGCCUCAAAUAGAAAACCACUGCUUGAUGCUGGGUUUACGGGCCAUCCGAGUGCUCUCGAGAUCCCUAGCAAUAUUGAGAAGAUCAGGAUUCCCGUUAGUUUUGCGCUUGGGGACAAAGAUAUGGUUUUGAAACCUCCACAAAUUGAGCAUAUCAAACAAGUCUUCGCCAGCGCUUCCGGUGCUGGGAAAGGAGAAGUGGUGGUUUAUGCGGGCGCUGGUCACGGCUUUUGUGUCAGGGCUGAUCUUGUCCAGGACGAUGCAAAUAAACAGGCAGAUGAAGCGGAGGAUCAGGCAUUGGCCUGGUUUGAGAAGUAUUGA